CGGCGCUUUAGUCUUCCGUUAUUUCUCCCCUUCCCUUCAAUAACUCCACAUGAGCGAUAGCUACAGUGCAACUCACUAUGUCCCGUUGAUGAUCCAACCGGACGAUACUUGCUAUCUUCCUCGGAUACGACGACAAAAAACACCAAAGAUUUAUCCAUUGGUUGCUCUUCCAUCGCUGGAUUCAUACCACUGUUCCAAUGAACCAUCUCGUUCUGAUAAAGUCUCUCAAAACUCGUCUAACGGAUGCUACGAAUGCAUGACACAUCCCCAAUGGAAGGUACUACGAGUUUCACGAUCGAAGCAGCUUUGCGCUGGGAAUAUAGACAAGAACGGAAAUGAUACGUCGAAAAUUUGUCCUGAGUUGAAGCACAUCCACUUGUUCGUUAACACAAAUGCAGCUUCCAAGGUAAAGGAACCUUGUCAAAGUCAGAAGAAACUUCUUCGAAUCUCGCAGCGAAAAAUUCGACUUUCACAGCAGUCUCCAAUCAUGACAUGCAUUCAUGAGGAUGAUGAAUCAGAAUGCUGCAAUCGAGAAAAGCAUUUAAAUUUUCAAAUAGAUCAAAAUUGUUGUAAAUAA